AUGGAAAGUUUUUCAGUGAAGAAAUUUUACACAAAACUGAGAGGAAGCUUUGAACAAGUGACAUGGAGGAAACUUAUGCAAAGCAAUCUGGGAGCCCCAAAGUGGAAAUUUAUUGUCUACCUAGCUGUUCAAAGGAAGCUAAUGACUAAAGAUAGAUUGAGAGGACUGGGAUACGUGGAAGAGGUCACAUGUGACCUAUGCAACAAAGAAGAGGAGUCUAUUGAUCACCUAUUCUUUUCAUGUUCCUACACUUCACAAGUAUGGACAAUGCUGUUGCAAUGGCAGGGGAUCUAUAGAAAGGCACUACAAUGGAAUGAAGAACUCAACUGGACAAUCAAGUACUGCAAAGGAAGGAGCAUUAAAGCUGAACUAUAUCGACUAAUACUUGCAGGUGCAGUAUAUCAUGUCUGGCAGGAAAGAAAUAACAUAAUUUUCAGAGGAGUGAAGCAAUCCAUUCAGGAACUUGUACGAGAUAUAGUCCAAGCAAUACAUGGAAGAGGAAGAUGUGUACAGCGACUCCAUACUAGAUUAGAUGAGAUGAACUACUAUCCUACUUAA